AUCUCAUCGCAUCUUCAUCAUGGGAAGCAAAACAUCCAGAAAGACCAAACGGUCAUGGGUCAAGAACAUCGACAUCAAGGACAUUGAGGACAACCUUGAACAGAGCCGUGAGAAACAACGGCUCGUGGGAACCGACGCCGAAUUCGUGAUUGACGAAACCCCCUCUGAUGUGCCUUCUGCCAAAGCCGCUAAGAAGUUAAAGUCCACCGAAAUCCUCACCAAUAAGUCCAAAAUCCCGGCGUUGGAAGUUGAGCGUAACAAGAAGCCCUCUGGAAGAACCAUCACCCGGUUAAUGAAGAUAUCUGGCCGUAUUGAUGGAUCCACCUCGAUGGCUCUUGUCAAUAAGGAUGGACUUCUCAAUGUCAAAAACGAAGACCUCUGGAACGAACCACCUGCCGCGCCAGCGCCGGUCCGCGACGUGUAUCCUAUGAACCUACCACCAGCCAAGUCCAAAGCUAAGAAGGUCCGGCCUCUGACGAUUGACGAGGCUCCUAUUACCUUGGAGUUUGAAGACAGUGAAUUACACGGAGGAAAAUCGUACAACCCAUCGUUGGAAUCAUGGAAACAGUUGGUAAACCAGGAGUUUGGCCUCGAGAAGAUCAAGGAAUUGAACCGGCAACAGCUCAUCGAGAGGCAGGAGAUGUUGGCCCGGAUGUUGGCAGAACACGAAAGUAGUGACGAGGAAGAAGAAUCCGACCACGAAAUUAACGACCCCAAUCACGCUAAUGACACUAAUGACUUUAAGCUCUCUGCCAACAAACCCACUGAGUUGAAGAGAAAGACCAAGACAAAACGAGGUCGGAUGUUGAAGCAUAAAAAACGAGUGGAAUUGGAAGCCAGACUCAAGGACUUGAAGCAUCAAAUCCACCAAAUCGGACAGUUAGAUUUGGAAGAAUUGCAACACCGGGACACCAAAGUCGUCGACAAAGUCACCAAGAAGAAGAAGGCAGCUAAGAGAUUGUUCAAAUACAAUCUUAUGGAUGCACCUCUUGAAGUGAAAUUGUCUGACGAGCUCAGCUCCAACAUGAAGAAUAUCAAAGCUGAGGGAAAUCUUUUCUACAGCAGCAUGAUUAAUUUGCAGAAGAAGGGACUUAUAGAGGCCCGGGUGCCGGUUGCAAAGAGGUCGAAGUAUAAGCCUAAGAUUACUGAGAAGUGGACCUACAAGGAUUUCAAGUAGGGAAACAGAAGCAGAGUUGAGAGAACGUCUCUGGCGUUUAUUAAGUUCAUUUCUAUAGAGUAGUUUGUAUUGGCACUUGUCUGUCUUCAAACAAUUUCACAUUAGUAAAACAAUAGAUGAUAUUCCCUGUGUUUCAAUCGUCAGUCCUACGCCAUUUUGUCGUGUGUAUAUUACACCAUAAAUACAUGCUAUCAUUCAAACUCCCAGUUGCCAGUAACAUACCCUCUGUAUAACCGUUCUCUGAACGAGAAGAAUUGGUCUCUGUAAGGAGUGUAGUAUCUUUGCAACUCGGUCUGGGCAGUCUUAAAGUGCUCCGGAGCCACCGCUUCACUGGUUUGACCUCGUUUUAUACCCGUCAAUAAAAAGUCUCGUUGCAUCAUCUUUUGGUCAUAUUCGUCCAAGUUGAAUCUGUCAUUUUUCCAACCGUUGUCCCAGUAUCUGAUGAAGCCAACCCCAUGUCCUGCCAAGCCGAAGAACAUGCCCAUGAUCGUGUAAGGAAUCAACCCUUCAAAAGGAACUGGCAUUGUUGUCUAGUAAGAGGAUUU